AUGUCUUCUUCAUACGAGCUUUAUCGCUACACCCCGUCCUUGGGGGCAGCAAUCCUCUUCAUAAUAUUGUUCAUAUUCAUAACAGCAUACCAUGCCUAUCAAAUGGCCCAGGCGCGAGCCUGGUAUUUUACCUGCUUUGUGCUGGGCGGAAUAUUCCAGAUAAUCGGGUACAUUGCACGUGCGUUAGCGCAUAGCAACACCCAAAGCGUAACCAUAUACGCUAUACAAGAUAUCCUGAUUCUACUCGCGCCACCUCUCUACGCUGCGACAAUCUACAUGACCCUUGGGCGGCUUAUUACUUUCCUCGACGCAGAAAGGCAGAGCCUUGUCCCAAUCAGGUGGCUUACAACAAUCUUCGUUACCGGAGAUGUACUAUCUUUUCUUCUGCAGGGAGCUGGCGGCGGCAUCAUGGCCAGCGGCACUCUCAGCGGAAUGACCACCGGUGAGAACGUUGUUAUGGGCGGACUAGCUGUCCAGCUCAUCUUCUUCAGUGUCUUUGUGAUAGUUGCGACACUUUUCCACUUUCGUAUCCAUCAGAACCCUACAGAAAAGUCGUUGUCUACGUGCAUUGCGCGUAGUGGUUGGCGCAACCCAAAUUGGGAGACGACCAUAGUAGGUUUAUAUAUCGCCAGCAUGCUGAUCUUGAUUCGGUCGGUCUUUCGCAUGAUUGAGUAUGCUGGUGGGAAUUAUGGGUAUCUUAUGAGUCAUGAGGCUUUCAGCUAUGUCUUCGAUGCGGUGUUGAUGUUUUUUGCGAUGGUUGUGAUUAGCGUGCUUCAUCCGUCUAAGGUUCUGGGUUCGGGCAAAGCGGAGGAGAUGAAUAAGAGGGAGAGUGUGCAGUUGCAGAGGUUAUAUUCUAGUUGA